AUGAUUGCUUGCUUAGAAACUAGAGUGAAACAACAAAAAUCAAAGGAUGUUCACAAGAAAAUGGGUGGAGAUUGGAAAGUAGAAGACAACUAUGCCUAUGCACCUAAUGGAAGGAUAUGGAUAAUGUGGAAAGAAACAAAUGUUCAUAUUGCAAUUCUGGAAAGCACAGACCAAUUGAUUCACUGUCAGGUGGAGGACAAAAACUCAACAUUUACUAGCUACAUAACAUUUGUAUAUGGCCUGCACACCAUACAACACAGAGUAUCACUAUGGAGGAGCUUGAGGAAUAUACAACUUAGUGGACCUUGGCUUAUAAUAGGAGAUUUCAAUAGUGUCUUAAGUGUGGAUGACAGGAUAAAUGGGCUGCCAGUUCAUCAAGCAGAAAUGGCUGAUUUUCAGGACUGCAUUGAUGAUAUUGGAGUGGGACAAAUCGCCAAAAGAGGAAGCAGAUUUUCAUGGAGUAACAAAAGGGAUGCAAAGGUCAGAGUUUAUAGCCAUAUAGAUUGGGCUUUUGGCAAUGCUGAGUGGUUUAACUCUUACACUUGGAUUGAGGCACAACUAUUAGGAACAGUAGUAGAACAAUUACCAGGGAUUGAUAUCAAUAUAGCAAGAGAUGGUCCUUGUUUAACAGUGGACCAGCAACAGCAACUGUUACUACCUGUAACAAAAGAGGAGAUCUGUCAGAUAAUAAAGAAUUUACCUAAUGACAAGGCACCAGGCAUAGAUGGAUACCCUGCAAAACAUUUUAGAGAAUUUUGGUCAAUUAUUGGAAAGGAAAUUACAGAGGCAGUGCUUAAAUUAGUUGUGGAUUUUCUGGUUGGACCUUCACAAUCUGCUUUUAUAGAAGGGAGGAAGAUUCUUGAUAAUGUUAUUAUGGCUCAUGAACUAAUUAAAGGGUAUACUCAAAAGACAGUGUCUCCUAGAUGCAUGAUCAAAGUAGAUAUCAGGAAAGUUUAUGAUUCAGUUGAAUGGAGUUUUUUGAAAGCAGUACUGCUUGAAUUUGGGGUGCCAUACAAACUGGUAGCAUUAAUUAUGGAGUGUAUUUCUAUAGUAAGCUACUCUCUGCUAUUGAAUGGAGGAUUGACCAACAAGUUUCAAGCAAAGAAAGGGUUAAGGCAGGGGGACCCAAUGUCCCCCUACUUAUUUGUAUUAGCCAUGGAGUAUCUAAACAGAUCAUUGAAGACAUUGACUAAGAAUCCAGAUUUUAACUUCCACCCCAAAUUCACCAGAUUGCAAGUCUCAGGCCUUCAAGCAAACUUGGAGAAAAGCUCAUUGUGCAUAGCAGGUAUUCCCAGGGAAUUCAAAGAAAAAAUGCUGGAAACUCUCCACCUAGCAGAAGGCAGCUUUCCAUUCAAAUAUUUGGGAGUACCUUUGUCCACAAGAAAAAUUACUAUAUCACAAUGUAUGCCAUUAGUGGAGAGGAUAGUGGACAGAAUUAGAAGCUGUACAUCCAAGAAUUACCUGUGGACUGGUAGUCAUGAUACUACUCAUAGGGCUCCUAUAGCAUGGGAGACUUUAUGUAAACCAAAAACUGUUGGAGGUUUGAACAUGGUCAAUUAUGAGAGAUGGAAUAAAGCUGCCUUGAUUAAGCUUCUUUGGGCUAUAAUGUCUAAGAAAGACAAGCUAUGGAUCAAGUGGAUUCACUGCCACUACAUAAAGAAGAAAGACAUUGCUACUAUGGAGACCCCUAAGCAAGCUAGUUGGCUAGUAAGGAAGCUGUUUGUAGCAAGCGAGUGGUGGGCAAAUGAUAUUACAAAAAUUCAAACCUGCACUAAGAAUGGGAAGUUCAGUAUUAGGAAGGCUUACCUUCAUACUACUCCACAGUAUCCCAAAGUCCAAUGGAAAACACUAGUUAUGGUAACUGGAAUGCUACCAAAACAGAAGUACAUUUUAUGGAUGGCAAUGCAUAGAAGACUGGCUACAGUUGACAGAUUAACCAAAUGGGGAGUUCAAAUAGAUUAG